GCCACAGGUUAUGCCGAGUUUGUGAAAAAUGAUAAUGACAAGGGAGCCGCAUGAGAGAUACCCGGCAGGUCCAUUUUGAUGUAGCAAAUCUUCAAACAUUUACAGUCAUGAGCCUCGUAAUCUAAGGCUUGUUUCGAUUAUCCGAUCAAAUUAAGGUAUUGAUUCUCACGUCUUCGGGUCGUCACCGGGUUGCACAAGAGCUUCGUAUCGUGGAUUGCAUGUGUUCAGCCGUAGAAUACAAUAUUAGACUAGGACUCCCUAUCUGUUCUGUGCAUCAGUCCGACAAUCGCGUGCCAGUAUGAGCUUGCGUCGUCCCGAGUUCGAGGGUGCCAAUGGUCUCCGUGUCGAAGUUCCUUGCCGCGAGAGUGCCUAUGGCCAUCGAGCUCCAAAGCCACACUCAAAAUACAGAGGAAUGCUGUUGUUGCGCUCUGGCUAUUGGUCAAUUCACUCGAGCAGCAGGUAAUAUAUGUUUUAUUCCUAUUUAUCCGAACUCGUCGCUGCUCCACUCUUCACUCCUUUGUAAGCGUUCGAUUAUUAUGUAAUGGUGUUG